AUCCUCCAACGAAAUCCACCAAACCCGGGCUCAGAGCCCUCCCACAAUCAAAUCCACUGGGAUCCCGGUUUCAUCCUAUUGGUCGGGGAUGCUGCAACAGGGGGGGCGAGAACAAUAGCAUCAUUCCGGCAUAAAAAGAGUGGAGCUAUGCCUUGGAGACGAAAACAUUUCAGCAACAGAAGGAUCGAUAUACCGGGCAGAUAAAGUCCCACAAGCUUCUAGUGUUGCCAUAUUUUUAACAAACCUGGAUACUCGAGACUUCGCCCGCCUCCCCGAAGUGCCUUUCCGCCGUUACUUGCCAAAAUGCCCAAAGGAUUCCUGGUGAAAAGAAACAAGAAAUCUGCACAUGUUUCGUACAGGACUCGAGCGGACGAGGAGGACCUCCAGGAGCCGCCCACCCCAGCUGCCUUGCCGAGUCGGGCGGAGCCCUCCCCGCCGAUGUCCGUGGCGUCGAGUCCGGACCGCGCCGGAGCGUCGCCGGAUUCCGCCGCGGCCGACGCGCCGGUGCCGAGGCUGGAGAAGCCGGCGCAGUUCGGCAACCCGGAGGCAGUGUGCCAAGCCCUCUACAGCCCCACCCGGCCCAUCAGCAAGGAGCACGACCGGGGGUAUUUCGAGCGAAGUUUCAAUCUGGGCUCGCCCGUUUCUGCGGAGUCAUUCCCGACGCCCGCCUCGCUCUCCGGCCUGGACCACCUCCUGUACGCGCCGGUCGACCUGAAGAUCGGCACCAGCAACAGCAGCCGCAGCGGCACCACCAGCAUCCUCCCGGCGCCGAGCAACCGGGUCGGAACCAAAAGACCCGCAGCCGAAGGCGCAGAGCGCAAGCCCAAACCUGCCUCCAAGAAACCCAAAGCCAUCAGGAAACUCAACUUCGAAGACGAGGUGACGACGUCUCCGGUGCUGGGGCUCAAAAUCAAAGAGGGGCCGGUGGAGUUGAAGCCGAGGGCGCAGUCCUCCGGAGGAAACAAGCCCCUGGGGGAGUUCGUGUGCCAGCUGUGCAAGGAGGCGUACGCGGAUCCCUUCUCUCUGGCCCAGCACAAGUGCUCCCGCAUCGUCCGGGUCGAGUACCGGUGUCCAGAGUGCGACAAGAUGUUCAGCUGCCCGGCGAACCUCGCCUCCCACCGCCGCUGGCACAAACCCCGGAGCACCGGCGCGCCGGCCGUGCCGCCCGCACCGGGCGUCGGGCCCGAGGCGGCCAAAGUGCCGCCGCUCGGAGUCAAGUCCGCCUCCGACGAAGCCAAAGAAACGAGCGACAGAGACACCCCGAGCCCGGGUCCGUCCGAGUCGGGCUCCGAAGACGGUUGCUACGACUGCCAGUUCUGCGGGAAGAGGUUCAAGCGGCAGGCAUACCUAAGAAAACACAUCAUGGGACACCAGGCCUUGCAGAAGAAAGUGCUGGAGGAGCACGGCUUUCAAGCCAGCGAGCGCUCAGCGGCGGAGCAGGCGCAGGUAUCAGCAUCCUCUUCCUCCGCCUCCUCCUCCUCCUCCUCAUCCUCGGAGGAAGCGUCAAACCAAAGCCCCCUCAAUCUGAGCCCGGUGGACUGCCUGUUGUGCCCGGUGUGCGGGGAGAGUUUCACCAGCAGAGCCGGGCAGGAGCGACACCUGCGCCUCAUGCACUCCUCCCAGAUUUACCCGUGCAAGUACUGCCCCGCCACGCUCUACAGCUCGCCGGGACUCACCAGGCACAUAAACAAGUGCCACCCGUCGGAGAACCGGCAGGUGAUCCUGCUCCAAAUGCCGGUGCGCCCCGCCUGCUAGAGACCACACAAAACUCGUGCCUUUGAGGAGGGAAAUUUAAAAAAAAAAAGACGAAGAAGAUGAAGAAACAAUAUAAAAAAAGUGGCUUUCGGGUUAAAAAAUAAAGAGUUUGCGAUGCUCACUGCCAUAACUUUAGGCCAAUGAGGGGCAGGGCGGUUUGAUGUUUAAGUGGUGUUUAAUGAGGUGUCUUUUUCUCUGCCAAUCAGUGAUUGUUGAAUGCUUCUCUCUAUAUUUGAACUACAUAUAGGCCUAUUUUACAAUUUCUUUUCUCAGAUUAGUUUAUGGAGGGGAAAAAAGAAUACAGAGCGUUAGUUUGACUGUUAAAGGGUAUUUUUCUAGGACAGCACAUGUGCUCAACGAUAGCUUCUAGACCUAAGAAAUGUCUUAACGUUCUCAGAAAUCCUUUAACCACCCCGUCAUGAACCCCCGUUUGUUUUGACGUCACUGACUGUGAUUUGCUCCUAUCACUGUAGCUUUAUGCUAGUUUGUGAGUGGCAAAACUUCUCAACUUUGUCGUGGUGGGGGGAAAAAAAUCAGAGUAACUGAAGCAUUCCUUGUUUAGUAGAACCACAAAUGCCUUUAGUGUAAACAGACGAGUCUAGUCCGACAUAGCCAACGUACACAUUCAAAUCCCGCUGUAAACCUGCCUUAAAAAAGUUAACAUAGAUUGUUUUAAUUUUGAAUGCUGGCACAUAUUUUAAUAUUAUUAUUAUUAUUAUUGAAGAUUGUUGCAAUAUUUUUCAUCAUAUGUUUAUUUAUUUAUUUAUUCUAAUUAUUUUAUGUAACUUAUUGUUGUGUUUGUCGUGAUUUAUUUCUGUGAAUCGUUCUGGCAGUUUACAUGUCGUAUAGCCAAAAUGUUUUGUUUUUGAAAUUGUUUUUUUUUUUUGUUGUUGUUGUUAUUUUGUUUUACGAGUUGUGAUAAUUGUCGUGGGUCGGGUUUUAUUCUUCAAUCACCACAGCUCUUGUAAAAAAAAGAAAGAAAAAAACGUAAAGCUCUUACCUUAGAUGCAAUCUUUUUUAAGGACAAGUUAUUUUUCUUAAAUGUUGGCUUUUAUAGCGCUUUGAUUGUAUGUGUAUAUCGUUGUUGUCUAUCGAAAUAAAAUAUUUUCAAAAAGA